UGGUCAUUCGGAUUCCUUAGUCGUCUCCGACGAACGAACGAACGAGCAACAGAAAGACAUCCUUAGCACGUUCGACAGAUCAAUCGGACAGUUCCGUUACUCAUCUUACCCGAUCCGACAAACGAUAAAAAUCCCUCUUUUGAAUCGCAGGGAUGCCGAAAUCUCCGUAUCCCUAGGGUUCCUCGAUCGGUAUCUUGAUCGAAAUCGAAAGCCUCUCGCUCAUCGUUUUCCUCUUGCACAGUCGAUAAGCAUUGAUCGAGUGAGUUCGAUUUGAUGUUAUGGGGAAUCUGUUCGUGAAGAAGCCCAAGGUCACCGACGUCGAUAAGGCCAUCCUAUCUCUCAAGACCCAGAGGCGCAAGCUCGGCCUAUAUCAGCAACAGCUCGAGGCUGUUAUUGAAGCUGAAAAGCAAGCUGCUCGGGAUCUGAUCAAAGAAAAGAGGAAAGACAGGGCAUUGUUGGCUCUGAAGAAGAAAAAGGCACAGGAAGAUUUAUUGAAACAAGUGGAUGCAUGGGUUCUUAAUGUUGAGCAACAGUUGGCAGAUAUCGAACUCACAAGUAAGCAGAGGGCUGUUUUUGAGAGCUUAAGGUCAGGGACCGAAGCAAUCAAAGCAAUUCAAAGCGAAAUCAACUUAGAUGAUGUGCAAAAGCUAAUGGAUGACACUGAAGAAGCAAAAGCUUAUCAAGAUGAAAUUAAUGCAAUAUUGGGAGAGAAAUUAUCAGCAGAAGAUGAAGAGGAGAUUCUUGCAGAAUUUGAGACUAUGGAAUCACAGAUUGCUGUCCAAGAUAUGCCUAAAGUUCCUACUGCAGCUCCAACUCCUGAGGUAGUUGAAGAGACACUUGACCUUCCUGAGGUGCCAAAGAAGGCACCCGUGGCUGCCAAUACUGCUGUAGAUGAUGCCGAAAUUGCCUCAAAAAUAAAGGUUAUGGAGGAACCGCUGCCUGCUUGAAUUUGGCUUGAAACAACAUUACCAUCUGGUGAUUCCUGGAGUGCCUUGGACUCUUCCAGUCGCCUACCCUGCAUAGUUUCUAUGCUAUCAUGCAGCUAUUUGAUUGGAUUUUCUGAUUUAUGUAAAUCUCAGUUUGUAUUAUAAUGGAAAAUACGGAAUUUUUUUGCCAUGCAAUUAGCAUACAUUCUUUCGACUCUUGGUGCUGCUGGAUUUCUCAUGUUUUUGAGUUUUCUCCUCCGCCCCUGGUUCGGUUUCCAAGAAUUCUCAAAUCAGAACUAUAGUCAUGAUUCGAUCGCCACGUCCAAGGAAACUAGUUACAGUGCAGAUGUUUGUAUUAUGAUUUUUACUUUUCUCCGGAAGAUGUUUACAUGAUGUAGGCCAACCGUAUUGGUUAUCAUACUCAUUAUUUAAUUU